AACAGGAGAGUCCCAAACACAUUAUACAGACAUUACGACAUCCAGGAGACACAAAAUGAAUUCUCAAUGUCGCCUUCUGGUUUUCUGUUGAAUGGAAAACCUAUAACAUUGACUUGUGGUCUCAUGUAUUACUUCAGAAUUCAUCCUGCAUACUGGAGAGAUAGGCUGAAAAAACUCAGAGCAACUGGUGCAAUCGCUGUCAAAAUAAUGGUGCCUUGGAAUUUGCAUGAGCCGUACAAAGAUGUUUACGAUUUUGGGAACAACAGUUCAGAAAUGUCCCAGUUUCUUGAUGUGGUGAAGUUUAUUCAGAUAGCCAAGCAAGAAGACUUACUUGUUCUGGUGGGUUUGGGGCCUUACAUCAACGCCGAUGUGGAUUUAGGAGGCUUACCCAGUUAUUUGGUCGGAGAAAGAAUCAAAAUUAGAACUUCACAGUCUGAAUUUUUAGCUCGGGUGGAUAGGUUUUUCAAACUGUUGUUGGAUCAUUUAAAACCUCUUCAGAUAGAAUGUGGUGGCCCAAUUAUCAUGUUUCAGCUCGAGAACUCUUAUGGAAUUGUUAGAGAGAAUGAAGGUGAUGAUCAAUAUAUGCUUGACCUAAAAACAAUCGUGGAACAAAACGGAAUAAAAAGUCUUCUCUUCACAUCAGACUCAAUCAGUGCUACGAUGGAUAGAAGAUCUUUAUCUCAUUUGGGAGUGUUACAGACGACCAAUUCAGAGACAGAUGUUCUGGCGCAGUUGGAAACGCUUCAAACCCUACAUCCUCACCGUCCUAAGAUGAUUCACCUAAGAACUGGCUUUCUGGACCAUUGGGAUCGGCCCCAGCAUAAUGCAUGGCUAGCACAUGAGUUUGAAGCUGCCUUGAAUGAAGCUAUCAACUUCCCUGCGUCUGUGAGUCUCCAUGUGUUUCAUGGAGGGACAAACUUUGGAUUUACAAGUGGUGUAACAUGUGUGGACACUCCGGACUCAUACCAUCCACAGAUCACUAGCUACGAUUACGAUGCUCCUUUGACUGAGGCUGGGGACUACACUCAGAAGUAUUCCAUCGUCUUGGAGGUGUUCCGAUCAGUUCACCCGUCUCUUUACCACCCUCCCCCACCUGCUUCCUCCCCUCGGACACUUUCUCUCUCCCUCCCUCUCACAGCUGAGCUGCCCUGGCGUGACAUUGUACAACAGCUGCCGCAACAGUUAACAGAGACCAGCCACUUUGUUCAUCUGGAGGAUCUACCUGCCGUGGACGGACAGAGGCAAAGUCACGGAUAUGUUCUGUACUCCUUCAGAAUAAGAGUGUCCAGCAAAUGCAGGAUGAAGAUAUUCGGCCGCAAGCGAGACAUCGUCAUGGUUCUGUUAGACGGAAAACUGAUUAGUCCGUCAGACAUUACGGAAACUAACCACUUUGGCUUCUGGGAUUCCGAUCUUGAUGAACUUGACUGUCCGUCAUAUCCAGGAACCUACCUGAUGGAGCUCUUGGUAGAGAACUGCGGAAGAUUGAGUUUUGCAGACAGUCUAGAAUGGAUGACAGAAAAGAAAGGAAUGGGACCAGAAAACAGAGUGGUUUUCAAAAAUGCUGUUCCUGCAAGUAAAAUCAACAUAACUGGAAUGCCUUUCCUUUCAUCUUGGGUUUCUAGUUUGACAGGUUGGAAAAGUAGAAUAAGCUACGAAACUAAACCGGCUCCAAGUUUUGUGAGAACCACAUUUGAGCUGACUAGAGACGAAAUCACAGACACGUUCCUUGAGAUUGGUAACUGGCGGAAAGGUUUUGUGAUGGUGAACGGUUUCAACAUCGGCCGAUACUUCUGCAACAGUCCGCAACAGGCGUUGUUUGUCCCAGCGCCUCUGUUGAAACCUGGCAAAAACACUGUUAUUAUUUUUGAACAUUACUUCAACCCAAUGUCGAUGAAGUUUAGAACUGAACCUCUCUUCAUCUGAAUGAAACAAAUAUUCAACCUUCUUAGGAUUGGUCACAAUCAUCGACAG